AUGCCGCGCAGAGUAACCAACCCCCAAAAACCACAAUCCACACUCCCAUCUAACCCCAAGUCCAGAUCCUCCUCCACCGGCGCAAUGGCCUACAAAGCCCUCCACCGCAAAGUCCAACCCCUCCCCGCCUCCGCGACUUCAUCCUCCAUAACCCCCGCAGCGGCCGUCUCCUCCAUCCUCUACGAAACCCCGAUCCCCACGACCGCUCCUCCCAAACGACACGUCCUCAACUGCCUCGUGCAAAACGAACCCGGAGUCCUCUCCCGCGUCUCCGGAAUCCUCGCCGCCCGGGGCUUCAACAUCGAUUCCCUGGUCGUGUGCUCCACGGAAGUCGCCGACCUCUCCCGCAUGACGAUCGUGCUGCAAGGCCAGGACGGCGUGGUGGAGCAAGCGAGACGACAGCUGGAAGACUUGGUGCCCGUGUGGGCGGUACUGGAUUAUACCGCUGCGCCGCUCGUGCAGCGCGAACUACUCCUCGCGAAAAUCUCCAUCCUCGGACCGGAGUACUUUGAAGAGUUGCUCGCACACCACAGGGAGAUGACAGGCGACUCGGAAAUGCCGAUGAUGGCGACAUCUGGAGGAGACCAGCCGAUCGACGGGCAAAUGGAAGCCUACGAGGAAGCGAAUGCGGAUCUCGAUUUCCACCCGCGCAGCUUGCCGCUGAGUGAGGCCCUGCGCAUGAAACAUCGGCAUCUGGAGACGAUUACGUACCUCACGCAUCAGUUUGGAGGAAAAGUGUUGGACAUCUCGACGAAUAAUUGCAUUGUGGAGUUGUCGGCGAAACCGACGAGGAUUGAUAGUUUUAUGAAGUUGGUGACGCCGUUUGGGAUUUUGGAGAGUGCGAGGACGGGUUUGAUGGCGCUGCCGAGGUCUCCUCUUCAUGGUGGGGAGAGCGAGAAGACGGUGGAGGUGGAGGAGGUGAUGGAUGCUGCGUCUUUGCCGCCUAGCUAG